CCCCGGGGCUCGCCCCGCCUGUGGGGUGCCGCCAUGUCGCGGCUCUGCCCGGCGCCUCAGUGCCCUGACGGGGAGAGGGAUGCGGGGCUCGGUGUGGAGGAGAAAAAGGAGGAGAAGGAGAAGGAGGAGGAGGAGGUUUAUCGGUGGGGCCUCACAGGCAUUAAACUUCGUCCAUAUCAAAUAGAAGGUGUGAACUGGCUGGUGCGAUGCUACAAGGUCCAGCAUGGCUGUAUCCUCGGCGAUGAGAUGGGUCUCGGGAAGACUUGUCAGACUAUUUCUCUACUUCUUUAUUUGAUGAAAAAAGUAACGAACAAAGAGAGAUUUCUGAUACUGUGUCCUCUGUCCGUUCUGAGCAACUGGAAGGAGGAACUGGAGAGGUUUGCUCCAGGUCUCUCCUUUGUGACGUAUGUAGGCAACAAGGAGGAACGACCCAAGCUGCAGCAGAAUCUGAAAGAGCAAUCUCACUUCCAUGCGCUCUUAACAACAUACGAGAUUUGUCUGAAAGAUGCAGCAUUUCUCAAACUUUUUAACUGGGCUGCCUUGGUUGUAGACGAAGCUCACAGACUGAAAAAUCAGAGCUCUCUGCUUUACAAGACACUUUCCGAGUUCUCUGUAGGCUUCAGCGUGCUACUCACGGGCACACCAAUCCAGAACAGCCUCCAAGAACUGUACGCCUUACUCAGCUUUAUUGAACCUGACAUUUUUCCUAGGGAAGAAGUGAAAGCAUUUGUGGAGUGUUACCAGGCAAUUGAAAAGGAGAGUGAGACAGCCAAAGAAUUACACAAUCUUCUGCAGCCAUUUUUGCUUCGAAGAGUCAAGUCUGAGGUGGCUGCAGAGCUUCCAAAAAAGGUGGAAGUGGUUCUGUACCAUGGCAUGUCAGCUCUGCAGAGGAAGUACUACAAAGCUAUUUUGAUGAAAGAUCUAGAUGCAUUUGAAAGUGAAACAGGCAAGAAAGUAACACUGCAGAAUGUCUUAAGUCAGCUUCGGAAGUGUGUCGCCCACCCGUAUCUUUUCAACGGUGUCGAGCCAGAGCCCUUUGAGAUUGGAGACCACAUUGUUGAAGCCAGUGGCAAGCUGUGUUUGUUGGAUAAACUCCUUUCCUUCUUGUAUGCUGGUGGCCAUCGUGUCUUGCUGUUUUCUCAGAUGACUCAGCUGCUUGACAUUCUGCAAGACUACAUGGAUUAUAGAGGCUACAGCUACGAGAGGCUGGACGGGUCUGUCAGGGGUGAAGAGAGACACCUUGCCAUUAAGAACUUCGGUCAACAGCCCAUCUUUGUCUUCCUGCUGAGCACCAGAGCAGGUGGAGUUGGCAUGAACCUGACAGCAGCAGAUACAGUUAUUUUUGCUGACAGUGAUUUUAACCCACAAAACGACUUGCAAGCAAUAGCAAGAGCUCACCGGAUUGGGCAGCACAAGCCUGUAAAAAUUAUCCGCUUGAUUGGGCGAGAUACAAUUGAAGAAAUAAUCUACCGAAGAGCUGCUUCCAAGCUUCGGCUGACAAAUGCCAUUGUAGAAGGAGGCCAGUUUGCUCUGGGAGUACCCAAGCCUCAAGGAGCAGCAGAUUUACAGCUGAGUGAAAUCCUGAAAUUUGGCUUGGAUAAAUUGCUGUCCUCUGAAGGGAGUACUAUUCAAGAUGUGGAGCUAGAAAACAUCCUUGGAGAGACAAAGGAAGGGAAGUGGAUAACGGAUGUUGUCCUGCCACGCGAGGACGAGAAUGAAGAGGAGGAUACAGAGAAUCACAUGUAUGUAUAUGAAGGCAAAGAUUAUUCAAAGGAACCCAGCAGAGAAGACAAAAAAGCAUUUGAUCAGCUUUUGGAUCUUCAGAAAGCCUUGACCGAAGAGACCACUAUGGAGGGGAGAGCUCUCCGGAACAAAACAAACGCCCUUCUCUCAGGCCUCCGGGAGCAGUCGACCAGGAGGAAACAUUUGUUGAGCACGGAGGAGCUGGAGGCUAGGAGGAAGAAGCGCCAAGAAGCAGCAGCAAAGAGAGCAAGGCUUAUGGAGGAAAGAAGGAAGGCAAAAGCAGAGGCAGAACACAUGAAAAAGAUGGCCUGGUGGGAGUCAAAUCAUUACACGUCUUCCUGUCUCCCUUCAGAGGAAAGUGAUUCUGAAGAAGAGUCUGAAGAAGGAGAGUCUGGGCUGAAUGUGGAUUUAGAUUACAGAGAUGUGGACCUAAACUGUAUCAAGUAUGUCAUGGGAGAUGUCACCCACCCCAAAGCAGAAGAGGAGGAUGCCAUCAUUGUCCACUGCCUAGAUGACUCCGGCCGCUGGGGAAGGGGUGGUUUGUUUACAGCUCUGGAGACUCGUUCUGAUCAGCCAAGAAAAGUAUACGAGAUGGCAGGAAAGAUGAAAGACCUGCAUUUAGGAGGAACCUUGUUAUUCCCCAUUGAUGAUAAAAAAUCCAGGAAGAAAGGACAGGACUUGUUGGCCUUGAUUGUAGCUCAGCAUCGAGAUCGAUCCAACAACUUGUCUGGCAUUAAGCUGUCUGCUCUGGAAAAGGGCCUGAAGAAGAUUUAUUUUGCAGCUAAGAAAAGGAAUGCAUCAGUACAUCUUCCACGUAUUGGGUAUGCGACAAGAGGUUUCAACUGGUAUGGUACCGAACGCCUCAUCCGGAAAUAUUUGGCAGCACGGGGCAUCCCCACUCUCAUAUACUACUUCCCUCGGAAUAAAGGGUUUUCCUCUGCUUCACAACCAUCUUCAUCUUCAACAACAGUCUCAAAGCCAUGAAGAGGCAAUAAUUUUAUUGAGAAACGUGCACAAAAAGCGAGGAUCUUUUUAACAUCGUGUAUGCAUCCACUUCAGAAGUGUGGCUUGCGCAGUUGUUACUUCUCUCUCUCUCUUAUUUUACUGGUCAGAACACUUACAUACUGUCCUUGGCUCUGGAGUGGAAUCAGACUAGUUCAGAGAGUGUUUGGAUGAGGAUGUUGGCUCAAUCCUAAAUCUGUUUUGGAGAUGGAAAUUAAACUUUCAUCACUGGUCAGUUGUUAUCCCUUACAUUAAAGUUCUUGCUAUGACUUGGAACAAUA